AUGACCACCACAAUAGUCCAUGACACUUCAGAGGCUGUGUGCCUGUCUGCCGACUACAACCUGUACCUCAAACCCAUCGCCAAAAUGACCAUCAGUGUCGCUCUGCCUCAACUCAAGCUGCCGGGGAAGAGCAUCUCCAACUGGGAGGUGAUGGAGCGAGUGAAGUCCAUGGUCGCCCCAGAGCAGUUCUCUGUCCUCCGGAUUUCUAAGAGUACCAUGGACUUUAUCCGGUUUGAAGGAGAAGUGGAAAACAAGACUGUAGUGAAGAACCUCCUAACGCGCCUGGACGGAAAGACGAUCAAGCUGAGUGGAUUCACUGACGUUUUGAAGGUCCGUGCCGUGGAAAACAAAGUGGACUGUCCAACACGUCACGACUGGGACUCGUUUUUCCGGGACGCCAAAGACAUGAAUGAAGCACUACCAGGAGAGCGGCCCGACACCAUCCACCUGGAGGGACUGCCCGGUCGCUGGUUCAGCCAAAAGGAUAGUCCGCACCCUGACCGGCCAUCUGAGGACGUGCUCAUAGCUGUGUUUGAGACUUUUGGAAAGAUACGGAAAGUGGACAUCCCCAUGCUGGACCCCUACAGAGAGGACAUGUUGGAUAAAAACUUUAACACGUUCAGUUUCGGAGGGCACCUGAACUUUGAGGCAUAUAUCCAGUUUGUGGAGUACGGCGGUUUCACCAAAGCCAUGGACACUCUACGGAGCAUGAAGCUAAUGCUGAAGGGCGACGAUGGCAAAGCUGUGGCCUGUAACAUUAAGGUGAGUUUUGACACCAGCAAGCACCUGAGUGAUGCAGCAGUGAAAAAGAGGAACCUGGAAAGGCUGAAGUUACAGGAGCUGGAGAAACGGAGAGAGGAGCAGAAACGAAAGGAGAAGGAAGAGGAGGAGCGGAGGAAAGAACAGGAUAGAAAACAGAAGGAGCAGGAGGAAGAGGAGAAGGAGAGGAGAAAGGAGGAGCGGCUGCGCAAACGUGAGCAGAAGCUGAAGGAGAGAGAGGAGCGAAAGAACAUGCGGAAAUUCAAGAAACGGCAGGAGGAGGAGCAGAAGAAACUCCAGAUGAAGAUUGCCAUGGAGGAGCGGAGGCUGCUGCUCGCUCAGAGAAACCUGGAGUCCAUCCGGCUGAUCGCUGAGCUGCUGUCCAGAGCAAAGGCUCAGCAGCAGCAGCAGCUGGAGAAGGAGCGUGCAGCGCAGGAGGAGCUGCAGCGGCAACAGGAAGUGCGGCAGAGGGAGGAGCAGGUGCGGCUGCAGCAGCUGGAGGCCUGCAGGCGGAGGCAGCAGGAGGAGCUCCGCAGGGUGGAGGUGGAGAAGGAGCGAGCACUGGAGCUGCAGCGACGAGAGAAGGAGCUGAGGGAGAAGCUGCUGUGUAACCUGCUGAAGAAAAGCAGCGGCAAAAAGACUCCGGAUGUCCAGGAGCCAGAGGGCCUGGAGCCCAACGGAGCCCAGGACAUACUCCUGGGGGUCCUGAGCAGAGUGAACGGCGUGAAGUCGGAGCAGGCUGUUGUCGUACCGAAUGUGGCGGUGAAGAAAAGCCGGGAGGGCGCUAGCGGAGAUCACUACAAAACUGACUCAUCACGGAGCAGAUCCAGCAAAGAGAACACCAAAGCUCCAGAGCACCGCAGAACAAGCCCUGACAACACAGGCAGGAGGAGGAGGAGCCAGAGUCGCCACGGCAGCAGCGGCAGGAGGAGGAGUCCCAGUCGAGGCGGCAGCAGCAGGAGGAGAAGGAGCCACAGUCAUCACGGUAGCAGCAGCAGGAGGAGAAGUUCCAGUCGCCACAGAAGCAGCAGAAGGCGGAGCAGACACAGCAGCAGUUCCAGUUCCCGCAGCAGGAGCAGCAGUGGGGGGCGGGGCUACCGGCGCAGGUCUCGAAGCUCCUCCCACAGGCACAGAAGGGGCAGCAGCAGGAGCCAUGACCGAGGGCUUCACUCUGGUUUGGACGGUGCUCAUGAACAACCAGGGAAGACAUGGCUGAAGACCAGGAGAGACAAGCUGAUGCUCCCCAGACUUCAGAAGCAUACCCCAGAAAAAUACUGCAGUACAUGGAAGGGUUUCUCAUCUCCAAGGCUUGUUCUUGGUUUACAUACAGGCAUAUACAGCAGUAACUUUCUGGAGACGGUGUUCACAGCCUGUGAACUGGGAGUGUUUGACGCGCUGCAUGAGGCGCAGCGCCCCCUGUCGGCGGCACAGCUCUCUGCAGCGCUGGGGACCAGUCUGGACGGGAUGGAGAGGCUGUUAUCUGCGUGCACAGGGCUGGAGCUGCUCAGAGCUCACCAGGGAACUGAAGCGGUGUCGUACAGUAACAGCGACGAGGCCAGCGUUUACCUGACACACUCGAGUCCAGUGUCUCUAUAUCACUCCAUUCAGUACAGCUCCAAAACCAUCUACUUGUGCUGGCACCACCUCACCGACGCCAUCAGAGAGGGAAGAAACCAAUACGAAAAGGCUUUUGGAGUCAACUCGAAAGAUUUGUUUCAGGCUCUCUACAGGUCUGACGAGGAGAUGGUCAAGUUUAUGCAGUUAAUGAACUCUAUUUGGAACAUCUGCGGCCGAGACGUCGUCACUGCCUUCGACCUAUCGCCUUUUAAGGACAUCUGUGACCUCGGAGGCUGCAGCGGCGCAUUAGCCAAGCACUGCACGUCUGCCUACCCACAAUGCACUGUGACCAUCUUUGACCUGCCCAAGGUGGUGCGCACGUCAAGGGAACACUUUGUCACCGGUGCCCACAGCAGAAUAGGUUUCCAUGAAGGUGAUUUCUUCAGUGACCCCAUUCCCAAAGCCGACCUCUACAUCCUGGCCAGAAUCCUUCAUGACUGGAGCGACCAGUGCUGCGUGGAGCUCCUGUCCCGAGUGUACGAGGCCUGUAAUCCAGGUGGUGCUGUGCUGGUGGUGGAGGCCCUGCUCUUUGAGGACGGCUCCGGGCCCCUCACGGCUCAGCUCUACUCCCUGAACAUGCUGGUGCAGACGGAGGGCAGAGAGCGGACGGCAGCCCAGUACACGGCUCUGCUCUCGGCCGCCGGCUUCACUCAUGUGCAACACCGCUUCACACAGAAGACCUAUGACGCCGUGCUGGGACGCAAAGAGACAGGGAGAUGA